AGGGAGGGAGAUGCAACAAUGGCCUUGAGAACAGCAGGAAGAGUGUUGGUGGUCUUUCUCUGGUCUGUGACAGUGGUACUGGGUCAGGAUGACUGGAGUGUGAGUUACACCACUCAGAGUAUCUGUACCUUCAAGGAGUCAACAGUGGAUCUGUCCAGCUCUUACACAUAUCCCAGUGGUUAUACAGUCACAACAACCUUCUGGUUUACCAAGUAUAAUGCUGAGGGUCCUGUAAGUCUGAGUGAUGACCCAGACUACAAAGGUCGUGUGAUGUACAGUAAGGAUAGAGAGAAUGGUCACACCCUGACAAUCACAGACCUGAGAGAGAGUGACUCAGCUACGUACAAGUUCAGAUUUACAGAUCAGACUGGGAAAUGGAGAUAUACUGGCGAACCUGGAGUCACUCUGUCUGUCACAGGUCUUCAGGUGAAGUUGACUGUUGGAUUUUGGUAUAAUACACUGACCUGUAGCACCACCUGUACUCUGACUGACAACCCCACCUACAUCUGGUACAAGAACGGACACAAAGUAAAGGAGGACACUUCUAGCUCGUACCCAGACUCCUUUAGUGAUGUAGACAGCUACUCCUGUGCUGUAAAAGGCCAUGAGGAUCUCCGCUCUUCUGCUGUGUGUCAAAAGUGUUGGAGUGUGACUUACACCCAUCAGAAGAUCUGUGCCUUGAAGGGGUCAACAGUGGACAUAUCCUGCUCUUACACAUAUCCCAGUAAUCAUGAAAUCAAAAAAGCUUUCUGGUUUACUAAAUGGUCUGAUAAGGAUGCUGAAGAUCUGAGCUCAGUGCCAGGGUAUGAGGGUCAUAUAGAGUACCUUGGGGAUAAGGAGAGUGACUGUACCCUGAGAAUCACAGACCUGAGAUUGAAUGACUCUGCUGGGUACCGUUUUAGAUUCAUAACAUCCGGAGACAAGUUUGCUUGCUCACCUGUCUCCCUGACUGUCACAGAUCUACAGGUAAAGAUGAAAACUUCACUGUUUUCAAGCUGGGUGACUCUGACCUGUAGCACCACCUGUACUCUGACUGACAACCCCACCUACAUCUGGUAUAGGAAUGGACACAAAGUAAAGGAGGACACUUCCAGCCAGUACUCAGACUACUUUAGAGACACAGACAGUUACUCCUGUGCUGUAAAAGGCCAUGAGAAUCUCCACUCUCCUGCAGUGUGUGUCCGUGGUCAGAACUGUUGGAGUGUGACUUACCCCCAUCAGGGAGUCUGUGCCUUGAAGGGGUCAACAGUGGAUAUAUCCUCCAUGUAUGACAGUGGUUAUGAUACAAUCACAUCAACACUCUGGUUUAGUUCUAAACAGAGUUCCAGCUGGAAGGAUGAGUUGGUCCCUGAGGACCUAACCACAGACCCAGGGUAUGCAGGUCGUGUGGAGUAUGCAGGAGAGAAGGAGAGAGGUCACUCCAUCCUGAGAAUCACAGAUCUGAGAGAGGAGGACUCUGCUGAGUACAAGUUCAUAUUCAACACACAAACCUCAGGAUGGGGGUACAGCUUCCAUGGAACAACUCUGACUGUCACAGGUCUUCAGGUGCUGUUUAAGGAUCCAACCAACAUCAUAGAGGGAAUGUGUCUUCGUCUGUUCUGUGAGUCCAUAUGCUUUCUGCAGGACAACCACUCUUACAUCUGGUACAAGAACGGACAACGUCUGUUCAGUCACGAGACCAAGUACCUGAUCUUAGACCCAGUCCGCAGUGAGGAUGCAGGCAGAUACUCCUGUGCUGUAAACGGCCAGGAGGAUCUCGCCUCUGCUGAAAAGACUCUCACUGUCAGAUAUGGCCCAAAGACCACCUCAGUGUCAAACCCUCUGGUGAAAUAGUGGAGGGCAGUUCAGUGACUCUGACCUGCAGCAGUGAUGCCAACCCACCUGUGGACAAAUACACCUGGUACAAGAAGAACGUAACCUCACCAAAAUCAUCAGGACAGAGUUACACCAUCACCAAGAUCAGCUCUGAGGACAGAAGAGAAAUUACUGUGAGGCUGAUACUAAAUAUGGACGUCUCAACUCUUCCCCUGUGUUUGUGGACGUUCAGUGUUAGUUCACCUAAUCUUCAUCUAUUCAUUGACAAUCACACAGGUCAACAACAAUAAAGAAUCAUUAGUAAUGUUACACCCUUAUCAUACCAUAUGUUAUAGAAUUAUUAAUGUUACACACUUAUCAUCCUAUAUGAUAUAUAAUUAGUAAUAUUACACACUUAUCAUCCUAUAUGAUAUAUAAUUAGUAAUGUUACACACUUAUCAUCCUAUAUGAUAUAUAAUUAGUAAUAUUACACACUUAUCAUCCUAUAUGAUAUAUAAUUAGUAAUGUUACACACUUAUCAUCCUAUAUGAUAUAUAAUUAAAUAAAUAUUGUUUCAUUUU